CUCAAGAGCCCUUCCGGAGAUGGUUGGAGGUGGGAAGAGCUGAAGAGAGCCGGGAGCCGAGGGACGAGUGAAGGCCAUGCCGCCCCCUGGGAAGGUUCCCCGCAAGGAGAAUCUGGGGCUACAGUGUGAGUGGGGGUCCUGCUCCUGUGUGUGCUCCGCCAUGGAGGAGUUCUGCGAGCACGUCACCCAGCACCUGCAGCAGCACCUGCACGGCUCCGGGGAGGAGGAGGACGAGGAGGAGGACCCGCUCGAAGAAGAAUUCUCCUGCUUGUGGCAGGAGUGUGGCUUUUGCUCUGUGGACAGUUCUGCUGACCUCAUCCGCCACGUCUACUUCCACUGCUACCACACCAAGCUGAAGCAGUGGGGCCUGCAGGCCCUGCAGAGCCAGGCCGACCUCAGCCCCUGCAUCCUGGACUUCCAGAGCCGCAACAUCAUCCCGGACAUCCCCGACCACUUCUUGUGUCUGUGGGAGCACUGUGAGAGCUCCUUCGACAAUCCCGAGUGGUUCUAUCGGCACGUGGAAGCGCACAGCCUGUGCUGUGAGUACCAGGCGGCCGGCAAGGACAACCACGUGGUGCUGUGCGGCUGGAAAGGCUGUACCUGCACCUUCAAGGACUGCCGCAAGCUUCGAGAGCAUCUCCGCAGCCACACCCAGGAGAAGGUGGUGGCCUGCCCCACCUGCGGGGGCAUGUUUGCCAACAACACCAAGUUCUUAGAUCACAUCCGUCGCCAGACCGCACUGGAUCAGCAGCGCUUCCAGUGCUCUCACUGUUCCAAGAGAUUUGCCACCGAGCGGCUGCUGCGGGACCACAUGCGGAACCAUGUGAAUCACUAUAAGUGUCCUCUGUGUGACAUGACCUGCCCGCUGCCGUCGUCCCUCCGGAACCACAUGCGCUUUCGCCACAGCGAGGACCGGCCCUUCAAAUGUGACUGUUGUGACUACAGCUGCAAGAAUCUGAUUGACCUGCGGAAGCACCUGGACACCCACAGCAAGGAGCCGGCCUACAGGUGUGACUUCGAGAGCUGCACCUUCAGCGCGCGAUCCCUCUGCUCCAUCAAGUCCCAUUACCGAAAGGUGCACGAGGGAGACUCAGAGCCGAGGUACAAAUGUCACGUGUGUGACAAAUGCUUCACGAGGGGCAACAACCUCACCGUGCACCUUCGGGAGAAGCACCAGUUCAAGUGGCCCUCAGGGCACCCCCGCUUUCGGUACAAGGAGCACGAGGAUGGCUACAUGCGGCUGCAGCUGGUUCGCUACGAGAGCGUGGAGCUGACCCAGCAGCUGCUGCGGCAGCCGCCGGACGGCUUGGGCCUGGGAGCCUCGCUGAGUGAGAGCGGCCUGCAGGGCGUCAUUCUGGAAGCAGUGCCGGGGGAGCCAGGACCCCAGGAGGAGGAAGAGGAGGGUGGGAGCGGUGAGGGCAUGGCCCUCUCGGCCUCCCAGGACACUCCCAGCCCCGUCAUCCAUGUGGUGAACCAGACCAACGCGCAAGGCGAGCAAGAGAUUGUCUACUACGUGCUGUCCGAGGCCCCGGGAGAGCCCCCCCCAGCCCCUGCGCCCCCCUCCGGGGACGUCAUGGAAAAGCUUCAGGGAAUAGCGGGGGAGCCGGAAGUCCAGCUGGUAUGAAGGCUGCAGAGCCUCACCAUGUCUACCCCGGGCCCUGGGGUUUGAGCCAGCUGGUGGCAGUGCCCCUGCCAGUGGAGGCCUUUAAGGGCGGUGCCAAAGGCUGUGUGGUGCACUCUGCACCUGGCUUGUGUCAUUCAGCGGACUCUGAGGCCUUCCUUUUCUGCCAGACCGCGUUUUGUGGGGGCCUGAGGAGUUUGGGUUCCUUGAGGCGGACACCCUGGGAGUGUGUGUUGUGGGUAGAGGGGCUGGUAUCAGGCUUACCCAUAACCCCCUAGUCAGGCCGAAACAGUGAUUAAAGUCCCCUGUCAACUCGCAUCCGUUCCCAUCUUGAAGGGUCUGUAGGUCCAGGGGUGGCGUGUAACUGGUCCCUGCGAGGGCCUUUUCCUGACCACCAGCCAAGGCGGCGUGAGCCAGGCCGCCGUUGCCCUCGACGGGCUCCUGCGUCUGCAGGACUUGCGUGCUUAUCCUCAGGGAUGGGGUCAAGGCACCGAGUGUGUUGUCACGGUUGUUUUGGUAAUAAAAGAAACGCUCGGGCUC